AUGUCUGAGACCUGGCUUCCUCCCGUCCGCGACGAUUUCGCUGCAACCGCCAUCCUGGCUGCCGUUCGAGAGCCUUCUGCGCCUGCUCCGGCAUUGGACAACAUUACAGAGCACGAGCACGAUCACGAUCUUCCCUCCUUUCGAGACGUCAUGGAGGAAGCCACGGCUCUGGCUACCCUUGCGUUGCCACAAACGAACCUCGAGACAAUCUCGCGGCCCAGUUCCACGUCGACUUCGGAAUCCGCUUCCGCAGCCGCAGUUAUAGCCGCGGCCUCCACGGUUCCUCAGUUGCCAGGCAUCUCGGCGCUUGCCCAGGCCAACAACUCUGCGACGAGCUCGCCUCAGAUGCGGUACAGAAGCGAUUCCCGCGCCCGCUCCCGUUGCCGCCUCCACACCGACUCAGGCGCCCGCGCCCGCGCCAGCUCCCGUGCCGACGCCGACUUACGCUUCUGGCGGAGGAUCCACCACGCGAUAGUCGUCAACACCAAGACCAGAGUCCCAACUCUCAUCGCGCGCUUCACCCCGUCAAGCACCACAAACAAGCAAACGGUCAUAUUUUUUCGCAUUUCUUUUGGAGCACGCACUUGGAACUCCUUGACGGAAUCUUUUGCGACCAUUUCGCUGGCGUUGCGCAUCAUGAUGGCCACCCAAGCUAACGAAUCUACGCAGCCAACAUGCCAAAACUGCCAGACCUCAACCACGCCCUUGUGGCGGCGCGAUGAGUAUGGAUCAGUCCUCUGCAAUGCAUGCGGACUGUUCCUCAAGUUGCAUGGUCGUCCGCGUCCGAUCUCGCUCAAGACCGACGUGAUCAAGAGCCGAAACCGCGUGAAGACGAUGCGCCCUGAUCUUGCAUCUAAGAAAAAGCAACAGCAGCAGCAACAACAAGCCCACCAGUUUGGCGCAAACGAUCCGAACGGCCUCGACAUCCAUGGGCAGAACCAGCGCAGACAGUCGCAAAAGUCAAACGGCAAUCCGGACGGCUCUGACUCUCCCGUUUCUCGUACCGCAACCCCUUCUCUAUACAACCCUAGCCUCCCGGUCUUCCAGGGCAUGGACGAUGCGCAACUUCAGGCUGGACUGCAGGGCUUCAACGUCUCUGGGUCGGACAACCGCUCGGGCUCCCCCCUGAAUGGCGACCGACACCUCGAUGUCCCGCAAACACAUGAGCAGCUCAUUGCCGCAAAUUCUGCCCUCAAAACCCGGGUUAGCGAGCUAGAGCUGAUCAACGAACUUUUCCGUGGUCGACUCAGCCAAAUGGAGCAAGAUGAAGCGAGCGCAAGAAGAGGGCAGGAAAUCAGCGGCAAAGCAGAAGCUCAGCUGCGGGCUCAGCUUGAGAGCAGCAAGAAGCAAUUGGACGAGAGCCAUCGCAGAGAAAACAACCUCAAGCGACGUCUUGACGAGAUGGAGCUGGAGCUGAAGGAGGCCAGAGAUGCCCUGGACCUUUCUGACUCUGGCCGCGCAGCAAAAAAGCCUAGGAUUGCCGAAGUGGUUGCCAAUCCAGCCGUUGCUGCGGCCACGAGCGGAGGAGGCGGUGACGGUGGUGGUGGUGGAGAAUCCGAAGUCUCGACUCCUCAAUCCGCCGCCGCGAACUGA